AUUUUAUACGUUUGACAUCUAAAAUGGGCCUUCGGUGCGCCGCCUCGAUCCCACAUCACAUGGGGCGCUAGUUCCUAGAUGUCUCUCCUACAUUUUGUAGAGCAGCGGAAAAGAAAUGGUUGUUCAGCAAAAACCUCGUAUUUGCACAUUGUAAUAUCCGAAGGUGGAAGAAGCAGGCGUCGUGAAAGGAGGGAUUUUGUCGAGGGGGGGGGAAGCAUAAAGCUUUGUAAAACUGCGCUGUAUGUUUAGUUUGAGGCAGGAAAAUAUUUCGCGACAACGUCCAAAAUUCAGCUGCCGCGUUAUUUGUAACCCGACAGGCUAGAUCGCUGGCGGUAGCUUGUACGGUGUAGAAACCAGAUCGGAUUCAUUUUACAGCAGCGUUGUCUUAUAUUCGACUUAUUACUUUAACUUUUUUUUUCGUCGCGCUACGUGCAAGCCAGAAUUUAUCCGCUAUCUCGGAACCGACGACGGGGGGGUUUUUAUAUAAAAAAACUGCUUGAAAGCAAAGCUCCUUGCUAAAAAAAAAAAAACGUUUGCACAAAGCCAGCCGAAUUGCACGAUAACGCUGGUGGAUCAAACAAACCGAGGAGUGGCGGAGGACAUUUGCGCCGUGGAAGAAAUAAGGGGCAGAGAUACCAGCGAUACUAAAUUCGAAGUGAACAAAGGAUCAAAUGCAGCUUUAGUUGGUCGAGACUGAUAAAGCAGCACUGACCAGCAAACGGGGACGAAAAUCUCGCAUCGGGUCCCCAGAUUUCGUUUCUUUUUUCGAGAGGAUUAGCCGAACAAAGAAGAAAUUCCCAUUUUUUAAAGGCUCUUCGCUCGCCGUUUCGAUUUUGCUGUUAAGUGCCGCACACUAAACAAGAAACUGACAUGAUGUUUCCACAAUCCAGGCACUCGGCUUCAUCCCAGUCAUCACAACAGCUGAAAUUCACAACCUCCGACUCCUGCGACCGAAUCAAGGACGAGUUCCAGUUCCUCCAAGCGCAGUACCACAGCCUCAAGCUGGAGUGUGACAAGCUGGCCAGUGAGAAGUCUGAAAUGCAGCGCCACUACAUCAUGUACUAUGAAAUGUCUUACGGGCUGAACAUCGAAAUGCACAAACAGGCGGAGAUCGUCAAGAGACUGAACGGGAUCUGUGCUCAGGUGCUCCCGUACCUGUCCCAGGAGCAUCAGCAGCAGGUCUUGGGAGCCAUUGAACGAGCCAAACAGGUCACUCCCCCGGAGAUGAACUCCAUCAUCCGGCAGCAGCUCCAAGCUCACCAGCUGUCUCAGCUCCAGGGUCUGGCUCUGCCCAUGACGCCCCUCCCUCUGGGCCUCACGCCCCCCACCCUGCCCGCCGUCACCUCCAGCUCGGGGCUCUUCUCGCUCUCCAGUAUCCUGGCCUCUCAGGCUCACCUCGCCAAGGAGGACAAGGCGGCCCGCGAGGGCAGCGACAAUCACCGCGACGACGACGGGGACAAAUCUGACUAGCCCCCCCUCCCCCACUCUCCGCCCCCCAUCCAGUUUGUUUUUUAUUACUUACAUACAGCUGUCUUUAAGCAUUUUAUUCUCUUUAAUUCCCCCAUCAGCUGCCCCCCCCUUCUCAUCCACACUCCUUCCUCCACUCCCAAACGCUUCUCCAUAACUUCAUAUCCGCUUUCCAGCCCGGUUUUCUCCCUUUUAGCUCAUAGCACAAUAGAUCCCCCCCCCCCCGAAACAUCAGCCCGCCCUCCUGUUUAAAUAGGAAGCAUCGCCACGACAGAUUGUGAUACCGCACUGCACUGAGCCCGGAGCACACAAGUAAAAGGCUUUUACUGUAACAAAGGGACACGUUUCGCUGUCUCUAACAUUACAUCUACCUGUGUUUUCUUGUUUUCUGUUAGAAUCUGGGAUGUAGGUUGAUCUUGGAUAGAGGUGAGAGCUUAGGCAAGGAAUCAAGUGGCCCUGUACUCUGUAUAAGAAUGGGGUUCUAGCUGAACAGGUGUAUUCUGUUUAAGUCGGCCGUGAUGUCACUAUAAUCACCCAAAGCAUGCAGGGGAACCUGAGUAUGAGGUGAUUGUGAAAUGUGACGCUCCAGUUCUGUACAGUGAUUGGAUCAGGUCAGAUUGGCCAGGGCACUGAGCCCCAAACGCGGCAGAGUCUUAUGCUCAAGGUCAGAAUCCCAAAAACAAAUGGCAUCGCUACAUGCUUCCUUUGGCAGCCAAUCGGCGAACUCGUAGCCAGCGACAAGUAUGCAUUUCGAUCCUCCCGCCCGGCUUGGCAGAGAGCAUUCGCGCUCGCGGGUGGUCGCACUUCUCAAAUGGCUGCCGCGCUCUCGCAGUUCCCAGUCGGGUAAUCGGAUGCAAGAUCAGAUUGUCUCAUACGAGAGCGAGGAGCGCAUUGUAAUCGCAUUGGAUUAAGAAGAGCAGUAAGAGAAUGGGCAGAGGAGGGUGCAGUUUGCUUGCGUGACAGCAGAGGGCAGUAAGCACUUUGAAAGCCAGCUAAGGUUUCAGCCUGAUAGAAGGUCAACCAUCUUUGUUUUUCCCUCUGUUCCCCCCCCCCCCCCCCCCCGGGUAAAAUAAACGGAUGGUAUUGUCCAUCAGUUCUUUCUUUCUGAAACAAUAUUUGCAGAUUAACAGAAUAGAAGUUACCUGUAUAAUAACCUAAUAAAAUCGACAUGCUAGAUAAGUGUUUUCAGAGUUAGUGGUGAGGCCCAGACAUGCGCAGUGGUCCUGGGUCCCACUGGUUCCUUGCUUUGAUUAGCACUGAAUGAUGCGGCUGUGAAAUCAAUGGAGAACACUGACCCGGCCCGUUCCGCUUGGUGCACAGGAAAGCCCAGUAUAAAGGCAUAAAAAUGGUCCCCUCCAUGUUUGACUUCACCAGAGACCUCCUAGUGAAGACUUAUCAGUUCAUACAACAUAUUGUAAUAAUAAUACUAAUGUUUAUGACAAGACAAUUACAAAGACACCGAACUGGUACAAGGUUGAGUUUCCCAAACAGCACAAAUGUGUAGCUCAGUAAGUCUGAGCUGUAGCAAAAUUGAGGCCCUGUUGAGUUUAAAAAUAUAUAUAUUGUUACUAUUUUUACAUUUAAAAAUAGUCCUGGGAUCUAAGGGAACAACCUGAAAUUGACAUUUGACAUCUGAAAGUCAAAAAACUCUCAAUUCAGCAUUCACUUACAUGUAUGUGCAUAGGGGUGUGUGUGUGUGUGUGUGUUUGUUUGUUUGAGUGUGGACACACCUGGAUAAUAUCUCCGAUGUCACGCAGAGAGGACUGGCCACCGGCGUAUCCAAGUACAUGUUUACAUGUUUGCUCACGCGUGUAAAUGCGUGUAGUAUGCACCCAUGUACAUGUAGUUCAGUCAGUGACUCAGGCAGGGCUGAGCUUGGAGACCUUCCGGCCUGGUGGGGGCGCUCUGUGCCCUUCAGGGUCAGAUAGCCAGCCGUGCGAAGGGCGGCCAGCCAUUCUCGACGCUUAAAGUGACAUUUCCAUCUCUCCACGCCUCUCUGCAUCCUUUCAGUGCACCUGAGGUGCCCCCCCGACCCCACCCCCUUUGACUCAACAAAGCAAGCAGGAAAUAUUUAAUUCAGACAUAUGAAUGGUCUGUGUGUGUUUUGUGAAGGGCCAAUUUAUAUACAUAUAUAAAUAUAUAUAUCAAUAUACAUAUAAUUUUUUAACAUUUUUGUAUGUUUUAGGCUGCAUCUUCUGUGUCUGUGCUGGAUAAUUUUGUUGUGUACUGCAGUACUGAUGCACCACUUAGACUGGCUGCAUUCUUAAAUUCCCCGCCCCCUGCUCAAGCCCCUCACCCAUCUCCUAACGACACCCCCCCCCCAACUGCCGCCAGUUGCAUCAUUAACGGUGGUGGUGUGAAACAUGCCGACCCUUUUGAGCUUUGUAAAGGUCAUUUUUAAUCUCUUUAUUUUGUGUUGUAUGUAAAUCUUUAAAGUGUGUACUUGGCAGAAAUGUAUGUUGUGUUAUUGAAAUCCAAUAUAGCUUCAUUAAAGAAAAACCGCUAAAACAAAACGUUAACAAAAAGUCAUUUACGAUAAAUGGACAGUAAUGUUCAGCAGUAAGGAAGUAUUUAUGGUGCCUUACAAAUAAAAACUCAACAGAGGUCA